GAUACAGAAAUAUAUAUCUGUGAUUGUAGCUUCUCUCCUGCAAUAACAAUUUAUUCAUCAAUGCUUAAACGAGCCAAUUUUAAAUAUUUAGCAUUAACUUUGGUGGUACUUUUCUUUUUUCAUUGGGCAUUAAUAACAAAUCGUCCAAAAUCAAGUUAUUCAAAAGCAUGGGUACCAUCAGAACCUGAAGAUCUACCAAGUAUAGUUUUUGGUCCGAAUAAGACGAAUGUUAUCGAAGAACCGGAUAGAGCAAAAGCAUGUUUUGUAGUUUUGAUUCGAAAUAGUGAUUUACAUAGCUUUAGAGCAUCUAUGAGACAACUUGAGGAUAGAUUUAAUCAUAAAUAUAACUAUCCAUAUGUAUUUUUAAACGACGAACCAUUUACGGAAGAAUUCAAGCAAUAUACGAGCGCCUUAACCAAAGCAAAAACCGAAUAUGGUGUAAUUCCGAAAGAACACUGGAGUGUUCCAGAUCAUAUAGAAAUGGAAACUGUAAAUAAAAAUAUGGAAAAAAUGGAUAAAGAUGGUGUCUUGUAUGGUGGUAGUUUAUCUUAUCGUCAUAUGUGCAGAUAUGAAUCCGGGUUUUUUUUCCGACACGAAUUAUUGGAUAAAUAUGAUUAUUAUUGGCGUGUUGAACCUGGGGUUCAAUUUUAUUGUGAUAUUGACUUUGAUCCAUUUUAUCCGGCAACGAUACCUACACUCUGGGAUGCUGUUAAAGAAUUUGCUAUAUUACAUCCAGAAUUAAUUGAAGAAGAUAAUUUAAUGGAAUUUAUAUCAAACGAUAAUGGAAAUUCAUACAAUUUGUGUCACUUUUGGUCAAACUUUGAGAUCGGUGAUUUGAAUUUGUGGAGAAGUGAGGCAUAUAGGAAAUUCUUUGAUUUCCUUGAUAACAAAGGAGGAUUUUUCUACGAACGCUGGGGGGAUGCACCAGUCCACUCAAUAGCCGCUGCACUUUUCUUAAAGAAACAUCAAAUACAUUUUUUCAAUGAAAUUGGAUAUAAGCAUGAACCUUUCAUGCAUUGUCCUCAAGAAGAAGGGCUGCUAUUAAAGUGUCACUGCGAUCCUAAUAAUAAUUUUGAUUUCCAUGGAUACAGUUGUACUGGAAGUAACGAAAUGGAGUUUGCAGGACCUUCAGGAUAA